AAUGAAUUAUCUAGUCUUGUUUACUUUAGCAGCUAUUUACAUUUUUAAAUGUAACAAUGCGAGUUUUGUUUGUCCAAUCGAUUCGGAUCAAACACCAAUUAAUGGAGCUUAUAGAGAUCCAAAUCUUUGUGGAAUUUAUUAUCGUUGCGUUAAUGGUAUUGCCUAUCCUCAACAAUGUCCACCUGGACUUCAUUUUCAACUUUCCGCUACACCUUGCCAUUUCUUUGCCUGCGUUCAACCCAGCCAAUCGGAUUGUUUAAAAGAAAAUCCAAAAAAUAAAAAUGCAGAAAGUUCAACUGGAAAGGGGGAUUCUUCCCUUUUAAAAUCUAUUGUUCAAGGCAAGAGACUUCAGAUAAGAGCCAACGAAUGUUUACCAAAUUUGAAUAGUACUGUUGCAAGUUCAGAGAAUCCUUCUCUUUAUUAUAAUUGCGUAAAUGGGGUAGCUUGGCCUCAACAAUGUCCUCCUCAGACAAAAUUUAACCCAACUUUUAACUUUGACAAAUGUUUAGGUGAAAUUUGUAGAAAAUCUUCGGAUGGAUCUCAACCUAUACAUGGAAGUUGGAGUGAAUGGUCCGAAUGGAGCGCAUGUCAACCAAUAUGCGGAGAUGGAUCGAGAACAAGAACCAGACUGUGCAAUAAUCCUCCUCCAUCGAAUGGAGGCAACAAUUGUCGAGGUCAGUCAUCCGAAAUUGAACAAUGUACAAAUGGACCCUGUUCGCAAAAUGGUUCAGCCUUUAUGGUCUCUCUAACGGAAAGAACCAACGGAAAUGCUGGAAUUAUGAACUGGACAUCGGUGAAUCUAAAUUCUGGUGGUAUGUUUAAUGCUGAAAAUAAUGAGGUAACAAUUAAAACUUCUGGUUUGUACUAUUUUUCAAUGGUAUCAACCACAACCAAUGGAAAUCUAAUAAAUAUGGCAAUGGAAAAGACUGGAAUAAAUCUUGGAAUAACCAGAGCAGCUUAUGAAAACGCAGAAGGUCCGGAAACUAUGUCAAGGUCGGGUCUAGCUCUUCUAACUCCUGUCUUUAAACCUCAAAUGAGAUUGAUAGCCCCAACGAGCCUUUACAGUACAAGCGAGGGAAGGGAAACUUCUUGGUUAGGCUUUCAUUAUGAAUCGGAUAGUUAUCUAUUUUGCGGAAGUAAUAGACGUCUUCCUGGCGGAUACGUAAAGUGGCCUAGAAUUACGGCAAUGAAAGGAUUUAGAGAGAAUAGCAUCUUAUCACAAUUUAGAGUUGACUCGACUGGUCUAUAUUUUCUGAAUGCUGGAAUGCUGUCUGGUUUCAGUCAUGGAGAUCAACAUAGAAUGCGUAUAUUAAAUGUUCAAAUAUUUCGCAAUAAUGCUUUAUUUGCCACUUUUUUGAGUCUUUCCGCAUCAAUUCAAAAUAAUUUGGGAACUGAACAAUUCUCUAGAUCAAAUCUAGUUAAUCUACUUGAGGGUGAUGUCUUAACUGCCCAUGUAGUAUUGCCUAUUGCUUCAUCAGCUGGACCACUAGCCGGAAUUAAUACUGAAACUUAUAUGAGUGCUUUCAAAUUGAAUAAGUCAUUAGUCUACUUUCAAGCUAAAGAUACGGAUAAUACUUGCGAUGAAUUUAGGCGUAUUAAUUUAAAAAAUAUCGACAUGGAUUCAACUUCAUCUUGGAAUGCAACAAGAAAUGAAUACGUUGUAAAAAGAGCCGGAAUUUACUAUAUAGAGUUUACUUUUCAAAAGUACUACAAUUCAAAAUUGGAGUUAAGAAUGUUUUUGAACGGCGAAAGAAUUGCAUUAUCAAUGAAACAUAGUAGUUUAGAUAAAAAUUUUCUAUUUACAAGAACUCUUCUACUAAAUUUAAAGGAGACUGAUAAAUUCCAUUGGGAGAACUAUGGUUGUAUUAGCGAAAAAGCAUUUGUUACUAUAAUUCAAACUUCUUAA